GUGAUGGCCCAGGUAAAGUCAGCAGGGGACACAGUGAGGAGCCACCAGGACUGUGCAGACCUUUAUUCCGACAUGGCUACUGUCAGCUCCAGUGCAGAUAUUGGGGAUUCAGUGGGGAAGGGGCCAUUGUGUGAGACCUCCAUGGCUGUUGGUCUUGGCCGACGGAGCAGAGUGUACCCCUCUCCAGCCAGGAGACGUCACCGCACCACCUUCAGCCACAAGCAGCUGGAACAGCUGGAGGUGGCCUUUGGACAAAACCAGUAUCCUGACAUCUACUACAGAGAGGAGUUGGCCCGCAUUACUAAACUCAAUGAAGCUCGCAUACAGGUGUGGUUUCAGAACAGAAGAGCCAAACAGAGAAAGCAGGAGCGGGCUUCACAAAAAAUGCUACCCGUGGGUGUGAUGCCGGGCCACAGGGCUCUGCUGGGCGGCAUGCGCGUCCAACCGUCCACCAUGGCUCGGCAGUACUACACUCAGCCCCUGGCGCACAUUUCCCACCUCUCCCCUGUGCUACCCUCCGGAGUUUACCCCCGCCACCCGGGCCCGGUCAGCCAGUACACCUGCCCCAGCGCCCCACCACAACCAGCCUCCCAACGCCAGCAUGAAGACUGGUACAGCCCGCUGAGGGGAAACCUGCCCUCACCCAUGUUCUCCCUGGCCUCCAUGCAGCCCCUAGACCCCGCGUCUCACUGGAGCUAA